AUGGACUCCAUCUCCCCGGACCCCAGCGGCAGCGACACAGACAGCACAACCAGCAUCCCAGCGCCCCAAAAGCAACUGAAAGAACAAUCAAUUUUCCCCCUCGCCCACCCACCCCCAAAACCCGCCCAACGCCUCCGCCUCUCCCCCAGACUCCUCCUCCAAAUCCAACAUCUCUCCCCAAGAUCCGCCCGGCCGCUCCCCGUCCUCGAAGUCUGGCAGCCCUCGCGCUUCGCUGCCCGGCCGUGCGCCAGUCUCCCCAAGCUCCACGCGGGAGAUAUGUACAUCACACAGAGCGAGGCCUACACCUCGUUAUCUGGCGAGAACCAUAACCACAACUUUGCCGCAGACUCAGACACAGACGCCAGCCAUGAAGCAAUCGUGAGCGUCAUCUACCACGCACCCGUACCGAAACCAUCGAAAAAGGAGGGACCGGCGCCGGCGCCGGCGCAGGCGGAGGUGCAUUUCCCGCUUGGGGGCCGCGCAUGGACCGCGAGUGCGACGGCCGGGGGUGGGUAUCGGUUUCAGGGACGGGAUGGCGAGGGGGAGUACGUGCUAGAGUGGAAGAGGCGGGGGACUGGCAAGGGGGGCAGAACACGGAGUACGUCGUUUUCUUCGUCGUCGACGGAUCCGGCGCCGGGGGGUGACAGUGGAAAAUUCGUGCUGGGGAUUGUGGACGUGAAGACGCGGCGAGGGAUGCGGGUGGCCUCGCUUACGAAAAGGGGGUUUGAGGUUGGGUGUUGGGAGCGGCUGCCGCGCGAGGCGCUUCGGGAGUGUGUGGGAUUGGGGCUGGGCUCGUCUACAGAUGAAUCUGAACCGUCGGAGGGGCAGUUCAGGACAGCUGUUUAUACGAUGGUUCUGACGAUGGGGGUUUGGGUUGCAUCGCAAGAGGGGUGGCUGAGUUGA